GCGGCUUCGCUGAGGGCGACGGCGACAGGCGAGAGGCGCGGCGCCCGCAGCUGCCCCCGUUCCGCGGAAGGCUGCGGCGAGCGCCGCGGGACCGGCCUGGAGUCCGAACCUAGCCCGCCGAGCCUCCAUCUCGCCGGACGCCGCGGAGGCACUCAGGGGAACGGACCCGCGAGGGCGCGCCAAGGCGGCGAGGGGCCGCCGGGCGCUUUGAGGACCCUGUUGCCGGGGGGCGCGCGCCCCACCUUCAGCCCGGCGCCGGAGGCUGCAGGGAGCUCUGACCCGCGGCCCCCUCUGCCUCAAGUCUCGGAGCUCCCGCGCCCCACUCUGCCGUUUCCUAUGGGGAUCCGAGAGUUUCCCAGCGGCGCACCCCGGGGCAAAACCAUCGCCAUUGGCAUGAGGAGGUCACCGGACGUCAGCCCCCGGAGACUGUCCGACAUCAGCCCUCAGCUCCGGCAGCUCAAGUACUUGGUGGUGGACGAGGCGAUUAAGGAGGAUCUGAAAUGGUCGCGCUCGGUGGAGGAUCUCACCAGCGGGCCGGUGGGGCUUACGUCCAUCGAGGAGCGGAUCCUCCGCAUCACCGGAUACUACGGCUACCAGCCCUGGGCAGCGAGCUACAAAAGGGAGGAGCGCCCCCGGGACCCCCCAGCCCCAUCGGAGGCCCAGGCUCCUGCUGGGGCGGAGGCUGGUGGGAGAGCCAACCGCUUCUGCUGGAAAUGCUCCAGGGCGCAGCUCAAGAAGAUUUUCUGGGGCGUGGCGGUGGUGCUGUGCGUGUGCUCCUCCUGGGCAGGCUCCACGCAGCUCGCCAAGCUGACCUUCAAGAAGUUUGAUGCUCCUUUCACCCUGACAUGGUUUGCCACCAACUGGAACUUUUUAUUCUUCCCAUUGUACUAUGUGGGGCACGUCUGCAAGUCAACGGAGAAGCAGACUUUGAAGCAAAGAUACAGGGAAUGCUGUCGAUUUUUUGGAGACAAUGGCUUGACUUUGAAGGUGUUUUUUACCACAGCACCCUUUGGUGUUCUUUGGACACUCACAAACUACCUGUACUUACAUGCAAUAAAGAAAAUAAACACUACGGAUGUCUCCGUGUUGUUCUGCUGCAACAAAGCUUUUGUGUUCUUGCUCUCAUGGAUCGUUCUCAGGGACAGGUUCAUGGGAGUGAGGAUCGUGGCAGCCAUCCUCGCCAUUGCUGGCAUCGUGAUGAUGACCUACGCAGACGGGUUCCACAGCCACUCCGUGAUCGGCAUAGCACUGGUGGUGGGGUCGGCAUCCAUGUCUGCCCUCUAUAAGGUUUUGUUCAAGCUUCUCCUCGGCAGUGCUAAAUUUGGAGAAGCUGCCUUAUUUUUGUCCAUUUUGGGUGUGUUUAAUAUCAUCUUCAUCACCUGUAUUCCUGUCAUUCUCUACUUUACCAAAGUGGAAUACUGGAGCUCUUUCGAUGACAUCCCAUGGGGAGACCUUUGUGGAUUUUCAGUUCUCUUAUUGACAUUCAAUAUUGUAUUAAAUUUUGGAAUCGCUGUUACCUAUCCCACCCUGAUGUCCCUUGGAAUUGUCCUCAGUGUACCUGUGAAUGCAGUGGUUGAUCACUACACGAGUAAGAUAGUCUUCAACGGAGUCCGGGUGAUUGCCAUCAUCAUCAUCGGUCUGGGCUUCCUCCUCCUGCUGUUGCCGGAGGAGUGGGAUGUCUGGUUGAUCAAGCUGCUCACCCGCCUCAAAGUGAGGAAGAAGGAGGAGACAGUGGAGGGCAACGCAGACUCAGGCUCAGGGCUGCAGAACAAGAGCAGGAGAACGCGCCCUUCCUUUGCCCGCUGAUGCCAUUUCUCUAGAACUCUGUGGUGAUUCCCUCAUGUUAGUGAUUUGGAGGUCUUUUCCUGACAGGAGGAACCUAAGUUUGGUAAGGUGUAUAUACCUGUACAGUUUUGGUAAUCUGCGGUAAGUCACAUGGUAUUUAUUGGCAUGUCCAAUUUGCUUGCACUUUUUCCACUUCAGACCUUUCACUUAAGGGUACCGCUUCAGUAUGAAAGAGGAAAAACAGAACCUCUCGGCUCUUUUUAAAUGAAUGUCAAGUAUGUUAAAAUUAUCCUUGCAUAGAUUGUUUUGGAUGACAGAUAUUUUUGACAAGCCAGGGCAAAUGUUGUGAAUCUUAGCCACUGAAAAUUACAUUGCACACUGUGAUUAUUUUUCAGCUAUGGUAGGUUAUCUUUUGUUUUUACCAGAGCUGUACUCUUAAUUUUAAGGAAUUUCAACGAACCAAAAGAUAAUUGUAAGUUAAUCUUGAUUAUGGGUGGGAUGUGAAGAGGUGAAGCAGAAAAAGGUAAUGGACAUCAAAAACCAUCUAAUAUAACUAAUCUGGGGAUGGCAAUUGGAGGGAGACAGGCCUUGCACAAGGUAAUAGGAAGAGAAAAAUAAGUCCAAGCCCCGGCCGGCUUGCUCUCACGUGUCUGUAUUAGAUCAUGCAAGAGAGAUUUCAGUGCCUUCUACAGAAUUUUCGUCUUUACUUAUGUGAAGCGAGGUGACAUUAUAAGUCACUGGCGCUGUCUUAUAAUUUAGAUGUAGAAAUCUUUAGAAAUAAAUAAUAUAUAUAUGUGUGUGUGUGUGUGUACAAAAAUGACAAAGUUGAUGACUCGUUUAUAAUGGAGACUCGGUUCGUAAUGUAACAUAUGCGUAUAUGGUGGACUAUCAGGAAGUGAAUUGCUGGUUGCUUUUACUUCAUGAUCAAGAUCAAAAAAUUAUUUACUGAAUCCGUAAACCUUUUUAUGAAACUUUUAAGCACCAGGCUGUUUACUUACACACUUUAGGUCUGCCAGAAAAUUCUAUCUGUGAUAGAUCUGUAAAGAGGGACAAGGGGGUUAGAGUUUACUAUUUUUGAAGUUUACAUUGUUACAUACGAAAUGGAAAUAUUAUUUUGAAAUGUUGUCAUAAUCCAAUGGUGCAUUCUGUAACCAUGGAGUCUUUUGUUUCAUGGGGGAAAGGGGCAAUCAUGACCUGAACUUUUUAGCAAAUUAUUGUUCUCAGAUUCCAUUACCUGUUUGGCCAAACAGAUUAAUAAAAUAUUUAAAA